GCACAAAGCUAUAAUCGGUCACUUAGCUUGCCAAAUACAUCAACAAAACUAUUUUGAACUCCUUCUUGCAGAGCUUCAGUGACGUUUUGCCACUGUGCAGGAAAACAGUCAAGUGUCAUAUUUCGGAAAACAUCAAUAAAGCUCUUCAGAGUCCUGAAACUCCCCAGCAACAGAUAUACAGGGGUCUGUAUGUGCGCAAGCACAAGCUGCAGGCGGGUUAUAAAUGCCACUCUGUGUCUGAUAAUAACUUGGAGAAGAUAAUUUACGACUGACCUCCUUGGACAGAUUGUCCCCUGCCUUUCUCCUUCUUUCAGCUAUUUGGCCCAAAAGAAACUGCGAUACACGUCGCUGAGUGCCUUUUUAAAACAAAUUCUGAGCCUGUUGCUUUUCAGGCUUUGGGACCAACGGAGGUUCGGAGGCGGCACGUGACGUUAACGCGCAAGAGCCGGGAGGAGAGUCCUUGAAGGAGCCCGUUGGAGGAGCGGAUGUGAGAGAGGACAACGGCGAGCCUGGGGGAAUCGGGAGAAAGCUGGAUAUAAAGGCUGACAGGGACAGGCUGAGGCUCAGACCGGUGGAGCCCAGCUCAUCUCAGAGAACACUUCCCUAAACAACUGACCAAGGCUGACAGCACGCGAGAGGAGGAUGAGCAUGCGCGGAGCGGUGGCGGGAUGCGUGGUGCUGGCGUGCCUGCUGGCUCUCGUGGCCGAGCGGACGGAGGGGCACAUCACCUUCUUCAGCCCCAAGGAGAUGCAGCAGAUGAAGCAGCAGAACGGUAAGAAAGACAUGGAGACUCGAUCAGAAGACGGUCAGUUCGAAGAGGUCACCGUCCAGCAGGCUCCUCUGAUGGAACAUAAUAGAAACUCUGACAACACGUUGGAGGUAGCUGUCCGCCUUUUACCCAGACAGGUGGAUCACGUGGCUCCGGUGCUGGAAGAGAUCAUCCAUGAAAUAGUGGAGCAGAGUCAGUAAGCCGAAAGAAAACGAGGCCAAGGAGGAAGAGGAGGAACGAUGUGUAAAUUCUUCAGAAAAGCACUGAAUGCUCAAACGUUCUGUUAUGUUUAAAUGAAUCAGACAAAUAAAGGGAAGUGAUUGUAUCAUG